UCAAACUAACGCACCAUGCUGGAUGCACUCAAAUUCUUCCUGUUUGUCAUCCUGCUGCUGGUGACGAUCAUGCUCAAUCAACACGUCACUUCCAAACGUUCUGCCGAGAUUGAUCUCGAGCUGCUGUGGCAGAUACAGGACACGAAAGGAGUCUACAUCAUACCGAACCAAACAGUGCCUUCUGGUGUGUAUACAGCGCUGGAGCAUAGCAUGGUAAUCGGUUCGCUGUUGGAGGAGUACAACGAUGUCAACACGAGCUGGGUUGGCGAAAUGGAUUGGAUCUACCGAACCAACUUAUCUUGUCUGAAAGAAGAGUAUGACUACGUGUUGCUAACAUUUCACGGUGUGGAUACGUUUGCUGAUGUCUACCUCGGUGAAAGACACCUCGGUUCAACCGAGAAUAUGUUUGUACGGUACCGUUACGACGUGAAGGAUCUGUGUGAUGGAGAUACACGAGAACUAAGGCUACAGUUCCGAUCGUCCGUUGUUGAGGCACGCGAACGCGCCACGCACCAAGCACUACCAAUCGUGCCGACGUGUCCACCGGACGUGUACCAUGGUCAAUGCCACGUAAAUCUCAUCCGCAAGAUGCAAGCAAGCUUCGCCUGGGAUUGGGGUUUGGCGGCACCAUCGAUGGGUAUCUGGAAGCCGGUCCGAUUGGAGUAUUACAGCUCAGCACUGAUCCGCGACCUCACGGUAGCAAUCAACGAGACGGAUGUUGGUACCGAAGAGCGCUGGACGGUUGACGUUGGUGUGUAUCUCGAAGCAGGACUUAGCAGUGUGCCUAUCAACGGACUGUUAACAUUCAAGAUCAUUGGUGUACCGCUGGGAGAUGAAUCCGAACAAACACUGGCGGUCGCGAACCGUACGGAUGCGAAUGGAGAGUUGUUGGUGAAGCAUCGGUUGACCGUACGCAAGGAUGCGGUAGAACGAUGGUGGCCAAAUGGGUUUGGCAAACAGACACUCUACAGCCUGUACGUACGCUGGGAGGAUGUGUCUCUGAACGGUGUUAAGCUGAAAAACCCGGACACAAAGAUUUCGGAGAAGGUGAUCCGUAUCGGUUUCCGCACGGUGCAACUAGUUCAGGAACCUGCAACCGAUGGGUUGAUGUUCUACUUCCGGGUGAACGGUGUGCCUAUUUUUGCAAAGGGUUCGAACUGGAUUCCAUCCUCGGUACUGCCCGAGCGUUCGUACGACGUGAACUAUGUGAAGUUUCUGCUGUACGCUGCACGGGAUGCACACAUGAAUAUGCUGCGUGUGUGGGGUGGCGGAUUGUAUGAGAGUGACCACUUCUACCGCAUGGCGGACGAGCUCGGUUUGCUUAUCUGGCACGAUCUCAUGUUCGCCUGCUCGAUGUACCCGACCGAUGCGGACUUCCUGCGUACGGUGAAGGAGGAAGUGCGUCAGAACGUGCGCCGCAUCCAGCACCAUCCGAGCGUUGCUGUGUGGGCUACCAACAACGAGAACGAGGUGGCACUGCGUCAAAAUUGGUACAAAACCGAUACAAAUAUUAGCAACUACACCGCACAGUACGUUCAACUGUACGUGGAUACGGUGCUGCCGACAGUGAUGGCGAACGAUCCAUGGCGCUUGGUGCUUCUAUCAUCACCGUCCAACGGUGAACACCGGGCAGAGGACGAUUACAUCGCCGAAAAUCCUCAAGAUCCGCAUUACGGAGACGUGCAUUACUACAACUACUUCCUGGACGGCUGGAAUGCGGCUCAGUAUCGUGGCGGACGGUUCGUGUCCGAGUACGGGUUUCAAUCAUUUCCAGCAUUCACCAGCUGGCCGGAAGCGCGUAGCUACGGUCCGGCAGAGCUAACACAGUUGAUUAAUCACCGCCAGCAUAGCCCACUGGGCAACGAACCAAUACUCGCGAUGAUACGCUAUAAUCUGCCUCUUCCGAACGAUGCGUCCGCCAACGACUACUGGCCCGAACUGAUCUAUUUAAGUCAACUGUCCCAGGCGAUGAUCGUGAAGACGGAAACGGAAGUGUACCGGGCGCAUCGGCUUCAGCACGGCACAAUGGGUGCGCUCUACUGGCAGCUGAAUGAUGUCUGGAUUGCUCCGUCCUGGUCAUCGAUCGAGUACGGUGGCACCUUUAAGCUGCUGCACGUCUGGCUACGGAACAUUUUUGCACCGGAACAUUUGAUUGCUUUCAUCAACGAACGACGCCAGCUGGAGGUAGUGGCUGUGCGGGAUACGCUCGAGCCAGCAGAACAGCUGUGGGAUGUGGAGAUACGCAUCCAUCGAUACGGUAGCUUCCGACCGGUCGACCGACAUAUCGAGACGGUACGGGUGUCUGCCAACUCCGUCAAGCUAGUGCCCCAGUGGGACGUGUAUGGACGACUUGCCCAGCUUGGUCUGCAUCCUGCCAACCAUCUGCUGUUGCUGUACGCCUACCGUAACGGGUCGGAACAGUCGGUUCGCUCGCAACCGAUCGCCGAAAACUUCGUCCUCCUGGACAAGCUGAAGAACAUCCGAACGGAUCAACGGGUUAAACCGAAGAUCGCUAUCAAUGUGCUGUCGGCGGUUUGUAACAGACAGAACAAUCUGACCAGCGUUAGCCUGGAAGUGUCGGUUAGCGUGCCCGCCCUGUUCGUAUACCUACAGCUUACGCCCGAAAACAGCACACUAAAGCAGUGCCAGUUUUCGCACAAUGGCUUUUUGCAGUUUCAACCGAUACGCACGGUAAAGCUGACGUGUGUCGAUCCAGGCUGCCGCAACACGAUCCAGGCACGGGACAUUACUGUACGAACGGUUAAUGAUUUGUUGGUGCGCUAA